AUGUCUAAAGAAGCCGGAGUCCGUAACCGUUAUGUGGGCUCGCUAGUACGUGACGACAGAACGAGAGGCGAGGCUUACGAUCUCCUUAGCAACCUUAUCAACUUCCUGUCGGGUGAGGCCUUCGCAACUGCCGCCGCCGCAGUCCGCGGUUUGUGUCGGUGUGGCUGUUUCUCUGGUACUGCAGAGCUGGAGGAGCUGGAGUUAGAGCGCGGCGGGGCUCCGGCCCCGGCCGGACAGCGGCUCCUCCCCGCGGGGACCUCCGGAGCUGGGGAGCGGCUGGAGGCGGACGCUGAGGUUUACGUGGUCGACGGCGGCAGCGGCGGGAGAUGUGGGCCCGGUACCGUGUUCCGUUGGGUCACCUCCAUGGUGCUAUACGCUGCCUUCCUGGGGCUGGUGAGAGCCAAGGGCCGGGCUGGAGACAUUAAAACGGGCAUCCCUGAAACCUGGGAAGUGGUGGGUCUGAGUAUUGCUAUAUUAGGACCCACAUUUCAAGACUUGGCUAUAAAUGUGAACCGAAACAUCAGUGAUAUUUCUUAUAUUUUUGUGGGCCGUGCCUGUGGGUAUCUAAGUGGUUCUGUGAUGGGUGGAAUCCUCUUUGACCGCUUCAAUCAUACUUUAAUUUUGGCAUUAUCAAUGCUAGGAACAUCUAUUGGUCUCUGCCUUGUCCCCUUUUGCAAGAAAGCAAUAUUACUGGUGGUUAUGAUGGCUGGCCUUGGAAUGUCUACUGGAAUGUUAGACACAGGUGGCAAUGUGAUCAUCCUGCAUAUAUGGAGAGGUGAAGCAGCCCCACAUCUGCAGGCCUUACAUUUCACUUUUGCCUUGGGGGCCUUUUUGGCUCCCUUACUGGCGAAGUUGGCUUUGGGCAGUUCUGGGCCCUCUGAAAACCACACGAUAGCUGACAUGUCAAACUACUCUGAGCUCAGCCCACCACCUGUAGCCGACUCUGAAGUAAUAUUUGGAGUACCUGCUAAUGAAAAUUUGCUUUGGGCUUAUAUGGUUAUAGGAACUUAUGUUUUGGUGAUAUUUUUCUUCUUUAUUAUUUUAUUUUUCCAAAAAAGUCCAAAUCAGGAGAAAACAAAAACAACUACUCAGAAAUCUCGAACUGCGAAACACAAGAAUGCUCUUCUUGGACUCCUUUUUGUAUUUUUCUUUUUUUAUGUAGGAGCAGAGGUCACAUAUGGCUCUUACAUUUUCUCUUUUGCAAUGCUUCAUGCUGGCAUGAGUGAAAGCCAAGCAGCAGGCUUGAACUCUGCCUUCUGGGGGACAUUCGCUGCUUGCAGGGGCAUGGCAAUCUGUUUUGCUACUUGUAUGCGGCCUGGAACCAUGAUUGUGUUGUGCAAUGUGGGCAGCUUGGCUUCUUCCCUGCUUCUGGUGAUUUUUGAUAAGAACCACAUUUGUCUCUGGGUAGCGACUGCGGUGUAUGGGGCUUCAAUGUCUACUACCUUUCCCAGUGGUGUUUCCUGGAUUGAACAAUAUAUGACCAUUAAAGGAAAAGCUGCUGCUUUAUUUGUAAUUGGUGCUGCCAUGGGAGAGAUGGUCAUUCCUGCAGUGGUUGGAGUACUUCAAGGAAAAUACCCACAUCUUCCAGGGGUUUUGUAUGUUUCUUUGGGGUCAGCUAUUGCAACGGCAAUUUUGUUUCCUAUCAUGUACAAAUUGGCCACUGCCCCUCUUGACAGCAAGAUUCAGGAAAGUAGAAGGAGUGAAGACCAGAAAGCAUUACUGUCUUCGAGAUUUAAUGAUGAUGAAGACGAUGAUGAUGAUGACGAUGAUGAUGAUGAUGAUGUGGAAGAGGGUGCUGAAGAAGAAUGGAAUGAAGCUGAUUUUGAAAUGAUUGAAAUGAACAAUACGAUGAGGAAUUCAGUAAUAGAGACAUCUAGAAAAAUUUUAAAAGAAUCCCCAGUAGAAAUCUCUAGCCAAUUAUUGUCAAAUGACAUACCUUUCAGUUCUCUGGUUAUUACUGGCAACUCCCCUGUGAAGCACCUUAAUACAGACCGGGAAAAAAAUGACUAA